CUGAACAACAGCUCUCGCCUGUACUUGCCCUUCCUUACGCCUUGGCCCGGGGCCCUCGAACCUUGCAUCGCAGUAAUUCUGUGCAUAUAGGCGAAUUAUCUCUCUUGGCAGCUUGAUGAUAGGAUGGACUUCGUCGGUACUCCGGUCGCUCCCUCUGCUCCGUACCCACUCCGCGGGGCUGACACCUAGGAAAGGGGACCGAGUUGUUGUUGCUAUGUCUGGAGGUGUAGACUCUUCCGUCACUGCCAAACUUCUCGCAGACCAGGACUAUGAUCUUUCUGCGGUCUUUAUGCGAAAUUGGGACACGCGUGAUGAGUCGGGCACCGAUAGCGGCUGUGAAUGGAAGAAAGAUUGGGAAGAUGUACAGAGGGUCUGUCGGAUGCUGGGUCUCAAGUGUGAAAUGGUAGACCUUUCGCGUGAAUACUGGACCCGUGUCUUCGAGCCGGCAUUGGAUCUCUGGGAGGCAGGCUCUACACCCAACCCAGAUAUCUGGUGCAACAAAGAAGUGAAGUUUGGUGCACUCAUGGACAGAUUGACCAGCAAGGACUCCUGGCUUGCGACUGGACACUACGCGGACAAGAAAUGGGCAUUGCCUCCGCUUAGCGUAUCCAACCUCUUUGCAUAUGGAAAGUUCCCACCCCGCCCGCAAUUGCGACGUCCCUUAGAUCGGUCGAAGGACCAGACCUACUAUCUCGCUGCCGUGCCAGAGGCAAGCCUUGCUCGCGCCUUGUUCCCCCUUGCGCCGUACAAGAAAACGGAAGUUCGCGCAAUGGCGCAGAAGUGGGGCCUGCCGACCGCUUCUAGGGAAGAGAGCAUGGGUAUAUGCUUCGUCGGAGAGAAGCGUAAAUUCGAUGAUUUCAUUGCCCAAUAUAUCCCUCCAAAACCUGGCCCAAUCAUCGACCUAGAGGGAGGAAAAAUUCUUGGAAGACAUCCGGGCCUAUAUUCAUACACUAUCGGACAAAAUGCGAGAAUCAAAGGUAUGCAUCAGAAGAUGUUUGUGGCAAAGAAAGACCCAAAGGAGAAUGCGAUCUAUGUCGUUCCCGGACCCGAGCAUCCGGCGCUGUAUUGUGCCUCAAUUACAGUGGACAAGUGGAAGUGGAUUUGGGAAGACUCGCCUCCCACUGGCAUCGACGGUGAAGGGUUCCGUGGCCGCGUGCAGUACCGUCAUCGGAUGGUAGACAUCCCCGGCACCAUACAGCGACGAGCUGAUGGAAUUAUACGCAUCACGUUCCAGAAGCCACAGAGCAGUGUGGCGACGGGUCAAGUCGCGGUGAUGUGGAACCGCGAUUGGUGCCUUGGCUGCGGUAUUAUCACCGCAACCGAAGGCUCAUUACAUUAGCGCCCUGCUUAGAGCCACUUCAUGCUUACUUUAUGUCUCAUACCUACUUAGGAACCUGCUUCGCCAACCCUGCGAUGUAUCAUGUACGUGCUGUCGCUCCGCAAUACGCUGCAGUCGUGAAUGCAACCAGUACACCGGGUCCCACAACUCAAUCGUCG